AUGUGUGAGGACUUGGCUGGAGCCGACUCAUUGCACAUAGCGGACUAUGCAGUUUUUGUGUUGAUGCUGCUGGUUUCCGCAACCAUCGGCUUAUACUACGCUUGGAUCGGAAGAAGUCAGCAAAAUACCCAGGAAUUCUUAACCGGAGGUCGAAAACUCACCGCUCUGCCCGUCUCCCUGUCACUGACCGCCAGCGACCUGUCGUCCAUCAUACUGAUAUCCAUUCCGGUAGAGGUGUACCGCUAUGGAGCCAUCAUAGGGUAUGCUUGCUUCAGGUAUUUUCUGGCCCAGGUGUUCACAUGUGAGAUCUUUCUCCCAGUCUUCUACAGGCUGCCCAUUACCAGCACUUUUCAGUAUCUGGAGCUGCGUUAUAACAAAGUAACCCGUCUGCUGGUAACAUUCCUCGCUAUUAUUCGAGCACUCCUCUUGUCUGGACUUGCGAUUUAUGCUCCAGCCCUCGCAUUAAAUCAAGUGACUGGCUGGAAUCUGUGGGUGGUAAUCGUGGUAACAGGAAUGGUCUGUACGGCAUACUGCGCAUUGGGUGGAAUGAAGGCAGUGGUUUGGACAGAUGUUUUCCAGGUUGGAAUAAUGUUAGCAGGCCUUCUCUGUGUCAUAUCCAAGUGUCUCUUCUUAGAAGGAGGAGUCUCUAUUCUGUCCAAUUCACAACAAGGAGGAAGACUGAACUUUCUGGAUUUUGACUUGAACCCUCUGAGGCGACACACUUUUUGGACCAUAUCCAUCGGUGGAACACUUGGCUGGACAAUGACCAGUGGAACUAGCCAGACUCAGGUUCAGAGAUACAACUCCUGCAAGAGCAUCACUCAUGCCAGAAUAGCUGUGUUCAUCAGCGUGGUAAGUUAUUCUUUGUUCCUGGGAUCUGCAGUGUUUUCAGGAUUGUGCCUCUACUCUUUCUAUAAGGACUGUGAUCCAUGGACGGCUGGAAAAAUUUCUUUUUCUGAUCAGCUGCUGCCAUAUUUGGUAAUGGAUAUCCUGAAAAGCUACCCUGGCCUCCCAGGACUCUUUCUUGCAGCAGUUUACAGUGGCACCUUAAGCACAGUCUCAUCAAUCAUCAACACAUUGGCUGCAGUGACUCUAGAGGAGCUGAUCAAGCCAAAUGUCACACUGACUGACAGACAAUUGCUUCACAUCUCCAGAACACUGAGUUGCGGUAUCGGAGUCUUGUGUGUUUCUAUGGCUGGCCUGGCAUCACUUAUGGGACUACUUGCUCAGGCAAGAAUCAUCAUGGGUGGGGUCAGUGGAAGUCCUAUGUUUGGUCUGUUUGUGUUGGGCAUCCUGUGCCCAUUUGCCAACUCCACGGGAGGUUUGUUUGGUCUUGCAUUUGGGUUCGCUGCUUCCCUGUUUGUAAGCCUCGGAUCCAUGCUGUCUUACGCUGACCCUGAGAUGACCCGACCUCUGUCACUAAGCACCGAGGGUUGUAACUUCACCAUUCCUGGCAGUCUCAACUGGACCACUGAUCUUCCAACACAGAUGAAUUCAUUUACCAUGGCUCAAGUGCAAGAUGGUGCCACACAUCUGCUGACACGUAACUGGCACUCUCCUUCUUACCUCUACUUCUCUGUCAUUGGAUUCAUCACAACUGUGAUUGUUGGAGCGAUAGUCAGUCUGUACACGG